GCACCAAAUCAUUAAUUAAUAAAAGUAAACCAAUGUCUGAUUUCAAAAGAGGGAUCUUAUGUGUCUCUGCAGGAGUCAUUCUGAACUUGUUCCUUGGCUGAUUCUACCUCUGGGGAAACAUUUCCGUCUAUGUGACUUCAUACUUCUACAUGCAUGAUAGAGAGAUCACACUUGAUGAUACUUCACUUAUUUUUCCCAUACAGAUGGUCGGAAUGAUCUUGUUUGUACCUGUGGCUCCAUUCGCUCUGAAAGUAUUGCCUCCGUGGCUUUGAUGUUUGAUAGGAUCUUGUAUUGCUAUUGGGGCAGCAAUCAUAGCUUCAUUCACAACAAACUUCAUUAUUUUCAUGGUGCUCUAUGGGUUCUUCUUUGGUCUUGGAUGCGGAAUCGCUUAUUUAGCACCAAUUAUUACAAGUUGGGAUUAUUUCCCUGAACGAAAGGGACUUGUGAGUGGGAUCAUCCUUGCAGGAUAUGGGUUAGGCCCAUUUAUCUUUGGAUAUAUUUCAUCUGCUAUUGCAAAUCCAGAGAAUGAAUCCCCGACACAUGCAGUUGAAGGGGGUGUCAUCUUCUCUCCAGAUCAUCAGAUCUCAACCAGAGCUCCUCAAAUGAUCAGAGUAAAUGCUCUUGCAUGGUUGGGCUUGAUAAUUAUUAGCUCACCAUUUAUUCGGAAAAGAAAAGCUCAAAAUAAAGAAGAACAAAUCAUUGCUGAAGAUAGACAAGAACUAGUUUCAAGUGCUUACGAAACAAAUAGAGAAGGCAAUGAAGAUAAUUUCACUUCUCCUGUUGCUGCUGAUAUGCAACCAGAGGUUAUUGAAAACAAAAAGUUCAAGGCAGCCAUGUUUUCCUUGACUUCUCUUCAAAUUUUUAUCAUGAUGGCUCUCACAGGCUUCUAUCCCAACUUCUUAGCAAUCAACUUCAAGUCUUAUGGGCAAGUCAAGAUCAGCAGUGACAUCUUCAUGACAACCGUUGGCGCAGUGGCAUCUGUCACAAAUGGGUUCACUCGGAUAGGCUGGGCAACACUCUUCGACAAGUUUGGUUUCAAGUACGUGUACAUUGGGCUGCUUCUUGUGCAGUCAGCAAAUGCAUUUACGAUUCAGCUGAUCAGAGGAGUCCCUAUUCUGUAUCUGAUUUGGGUGUCAACAGGAUUCUUAUGUUUGGCAGGAUUGGUCACUUUGUUUCCUCCAUUACUAGCAAAAGUAUUUGGUCCAAAAACUGGAAGCAGAGUAUACAGCUUUUUGUUCUCGAGUCUGGCAGUGGCAGCUAUCGGAUGAUUCUUCCUUAACAUGCUUUCUUCAAAGGGGAAGAUAUCACAAGAAGUAUUGUUUUACAUAUUUGGAGGUUUGACCGUUGUUGCUUUGGUAAUAGCGAUAUUUUUCAAAGAAGUGAGAGUAAGACUCAAAGAAGAUCCGAACAAAUUAGAAGAAGAGACAAGAAGAUUCAGCGUCUUCGAUUAUACUCAGACCUUCUAAACUCAUGAGUCUUUCCAAUUAAUCAAAUACUAACAUUUUAUCCCAAAUUGUUCAUCUUUAAUUUCUCACUCAUCUAUUGCCAUACAAAUCUGGUAACAAUGUAUUAUAACUUCCUAUUUCUGACGUAGAAAUAUGCUAAAUUUCUUCUUACAGAUUUCUGAGGGAUAAUGAAUAAACUAUAGCGGAAAGUCCUUCACUCAUUGGU